GAUAAUUUGUAACGUUCACGACAGUGUGACAAAGUGACUUCAAUUCGACUGAUUAUGCGGCGAUACGUGGGUUUUCAUCCAUUCAAAGGUUAUACAACUCACGAACUGCACUACAACCAAUAAUUUCCGCUAAAUCUCACUCCGACAUAAAUCUACGGGAUGUUCAAUAGUUGAAACCACUGAAAAAAUUACUUUGGUAUUGAUUUUCGUCGAGUGGUCGGCCUUUAUUUCUUCGAAGAAGAGCAAAAUGUUUCGUUCACUGUCAAUUGUGAUCAAUAUCGGAGGAUGAUAACUGUUGUCAUAAGUACCUUUUGGCCAAGAGGAACUCAUGAACAUGUGGUUUCUACACAAUGAUGCCACGGGGAAUUGUGAAGCUUCUCAUCUAUCUUCUUCUAUAUAAUAUAUAAAAGAGAAUGUAUGUUUGUAUGUUCCCUAAUAACUCCUAAUCUAUUCGACCGAUCUCAAUGAAAUCUUAUGUAAUACAUUCGUUGAAGCUCAAGAAAGGUUUACAUAUAUAGUUUGUCGUGUCACGAUCCCACCCACCCAUAUACCAUAUCUCUCGAACCGUUUAUUGACAGAACAACGUCUGUCGGGUCAGCUGAGCUAACUAACUUUUGAGAGUAUAGCGAACUCUAAAUCUCGUUAUAAAUAUUGAAUGAACAUCAUGCAAUGGCAAUACUUACAAUAUCGAUAUGGAAAAUACUAUACUAUUAUUAAGGGUAGUUACUUAUGCUACUUAUCCAACAUAAAAUUACGUAGUUAGUAGGUAUUUACAUCCUCUUUGAUAUAAUUACCCUCACGUCGCGAACAUUCUUUAGAGCUAAGUUUUAGAGGCAUAAAGUACAUAUACUUAAUCCUCUUUGCAUAUAAUAACUUAUUUAUUCUAACUUCUUGAUAAUUUAACAACGAAUACAUUUUGUUAGACAAAUAUUGUCAAAUUGUUUUUGGGUAUUUUUCAAAAACAAAGAAUAUGAACAAUGAAAAUCGAUAUCCCGUAACUGCGUCGCUAUUCAUGCUGCGGGAAAUAAAACAGCGGCAGGAAAAGGUGAAUCGAGGGUACCAGUUACUGAAGCGAAAGACGGAAGCAUUGCGUAUCCGUGGGCGUCAGGCUGCGGCCGAGCUGUCGACCGUACAGGCUCUGUUGGGCCACACACUGAAGGAGGCUUACAUAACCCUCGCAGCUAUCAAGUUCACGAAUGGAGAAUCUAAUGCGUUGGUUUUAGAAAAUGUUGGACAAGCUCAAAUUCGCGUGCAACGAUUACCAGAGAACAUAUCUGGAGUUCCAACAAAUGCUCUGCAAGCUGUAGAGGACCCCACUGCUGAGGAUUCCCUCCGGUACGCUGGGCUGGGAGCUGGAGGACAUCGGACCGGGGAAGCAAAGCGGGCCUUCCGCGAAGUCAUAAGGAUUUUGAUCAAAUUCGCCUCCUUGAGGAAUAUCUGCCUGGUUCUUGAUGAAGCUAUAAGAAUUACUUUGAGAAAGGUUAAUGGAAUUGAAAAAGUUAUUUUGCCAAAACUCCUCAACACAGAAAACUAUAUUUUGAUGGAAAUGGAUGAAAGGGAAAGAGAAGACUACCAUAGAUUAAAAAUGGUCAAGGCAAAGAAAAACCUUCGCAGAAAUUUUUUGAGACAAAUACCUGACAGGAAAUUGGCCGGAGACGGUGAAUAUGAAACUAACGAAGUCCGUACGGCGUCGCUGGAGAGUAUUGCGGGCACCGAAGUGGCGUUUCCCACUUCGUCGAUGUCAACAACUACCGUGUCGGGUGGAGACUUCAAACCAAUCUGUUACCCGCACUACUGGGAUGACGAAGAUUUAUUGUUUUAAGCCGCUCCCGGUGCAUAUCUAACAUAACCUCAAAUUUACGAAUCGAGCAGCCCAUGUAGUCAAUAUUCUAGUGACUAACAUAACUGCCAUCAUUAAAUUUGUAACUAUCAUGUACUUUAUUUAUAUUUAUCAGCAGUUUCUCGUCGCUAACAAAUGUUCGGCCAUAAUUAUGGAAAUCAGUAUUUAUUAUUUAAUAUGCGAAACAGAAAGCAAAUGCCGACAAUUGAAAUAAAUUCAUUCAAAUAUAAUCUUUAUUUUGUAUUAAUUGUAUUACAAUAAAUACCUACUACGACAUCCGACCGCCUAAAGGGCAAUUUAUUCACAUUCUUCCAUACAUUCUCUUUUUCGUUUG